AUGGCGGAAUUCGUGCGUGCCCAGAUCUUCGGCACAACUUUCGAGAUCACAAGCAGGUACACAGACCUUCAGCCCGUCGGAAUGGGUGCCUUCGGUCUCGUCUGUUCUGCGAGGGAUCAAUUGACAGCACAACCGGUCGCCGUCAAGAAGAUUAUGAAGCCAUUUAGCACACCAGUUUUGUCCAAGAGAACGUACCGCGAGUUGAAGCUGUUGAAGCAUCUGCGACACGAAAAUAUUAUCAGCCUGAGCGAUAUCUUCAUCUCUCCGCUCGAGGACAUCUAUUUCGUCACAGAACUCCUAGGAACCGACCUGCACAGACUUCUCACCUCGCGACCAUUGGAGAAACAAUUUAUCCAGUAUUUCCUGUACCAAAUUUUGCGAGGACUGAAGUAUGUCCACUCGGCCGGUGUCGUCCACCGUGACCUCAAACCCAGCAACAUCCUUAUCAACGAAAAUUGCGAUCUGAAAAUCUGCGACUUCGGCCUUGCCCGUAUCCAAGACCCUCAGAUGACUGGCUAUGUCUCGACUCGGUAUUAUCGCGCUCCUGAGAUCAUGCUCACAUGGCAGAAAUACGACGUGGAGGUGGAUAUCUGGAGUGCGGCAUGUAUCUUUGCCGAGAUGCUGGAGGGAAAGCCCCUGUUCCCAGGGAAGGACCACGUCAACCAGUUCUCGAUCAUCACAGAGCUUCUUGGAACCCCGCCGGACGAUGUUAUCCAGUCCAUCUGCAGUGAAAACACCUUGCGAUUCGUCAAGUCGCUACCCAAGCGCGAACGGCAGCCUUUGGCCAAUAAGUUCAAGAACGCCGACCCAGAUGCUGUCGAUCUUCUCGAGCGCAUGCUCGUCUUCGACCCGAAGAAGCGCAUCCGUGCAGGCGAAGCGCUUGCGCAUGAAUACCUGGGCCCCUACCACGACCCGACCGAUGAGCCCGAGGCGGAGGAGAAGUUCGAUUGGUCUUUCAACGACGCGGAUUUGCCCGUCGAUACCUGGAAGAUCAUGAUGUACUCGGAGAUUCUCGAAUUCCACAACAUCGACCAAGCCAACGAUGCUGGCCAAGUGCUCGUCGAGGGGGCAGGGGAUGGGCACCAGGCCUUUGCAUAG